AUGCCACCAGACCAAGGCGCGAAAUUCCACCACGCGUACUGCGCUUUCCCCGACCACGACACCGCCGCUCUAAGCUCGCCACCACAUGCAGUUCACCCAGCAAUAGCAGCGCGCAGCACCCACGAAACAGACGACGCCCAUCGGAUACAGGCCAACGCCUCGGCCGAGCUGCCCCUGCGCCCGCCGUUUGCCGUACUCUCAGGUCGCGAAGAGCAAGAUGACGAGAGCAUACCGUCUCCGGGAUGGGAUAUAUUUCGGCGCGCAGCAUCCGCCAUCGCCUCCUUCGAGAGGCGACAAUGGGCCUGUCCGAGCGGGACACGCAGCUGUUCCUCAAUCGGAUACCCCAACAGCUGCUGCGGCGAGAGCGAGACAUGCAUGGAGGUGCCCGACACGGGCCUGGGGCCGGUGGGCUGCUGUCCGUCCGGCGCGACAUGCGGAGGCGGGAUAUCCGGCUGCGCAGACGGGAGCACGGCUUGCGGGAGUGAACUCGGCGGCGGGUGCUGCAUCCCGGGGUUUGUCUGCCAGGGCGUCGGCUGCGUCCGCUCUUCCCCCUCCGCUGAACCCCCCACCCUCACAACCCUCACGACAACCUCAACAAGCAUCAUCUCCCUCCCCACCCCCUCCACAAUCCUCGUCACGGUAGUCAUCACCAUCACCCCGUCUACCACCCCACAACCCAUAACCUCCACCACCACCAGCACCAUAACCGCUUCCACGUCGUCAGGAAGCGGAGCAGGCGCCCCAUUCCGCCCAACCUCCUCCUCUGAUUCACCCGACAACACAAACACAAACACAAACACAAACAGCCCGAGUCUAUCAUCAUCGUCAUCGUCAUCGUACUGCCCAACGGGCUUCUACCCCUGCCUCGCGCGCGCAGGCGGAGGGUGUUGCCAGACGGGGCGGGACUGCGCCACGACGACGUGCCCGCCGCCGCCGACGCCGACGACGCAGAUGACGACGGUUGUGGACGGGAAUGGCGUGACGGUCGUUGUGCCUGUUGGGUCGGGUGGAGGGGAGACUACGGCGGUGGAUGGUGGUGGUGGCUGUGCGGGCGGGUGGUACUUGUGUGGUUCUGAGGGUGGGGACGUGGCGGGGUGUUGUCCGACGGGCUAUGAGUGUGGGACGGCGAGUUGUUUUGCUGUUGUUAGUGGGACUAGGACGGGGAUUGGAGGGGUGGCGGCUAGUGUGGCGAAGGGGUUGGCUGGUCAUAAUGGGGGGGGAAGGGUUGGGGUGGUGGGUGUGUGGUGGGUGGUGGUGGUGGAGGUUGGAGGGGUGUUGGCUGGGUUGAUAUAA